GCUGACUUUAGGUCGUGUGUAGUGGGUCAUGUCUGACACAGACCCUCCUUGUGAAAGCCCAGCAGCAGCCGCAGCCGCAGGGAGUUUGUUCCACGCUGUUCUUUUAGUGGACACUCCCCCAUCUUGGCUCACACGCCUCCGCCUAAAGACAGGCGGACCGUAGUCCUGCCACAGGCUGUUGAAACCGGACAACUCUCCUGCUAAAGCAGGUGGAGAAGUUAUCCAUCAGAGAAAGUCAAAGGAGGGUCCCCGAUACAGAACAUCCUACGCUCCCUUAACAUGGGGGCUCUCAUCUCACGGUGGAAGGCCAAGCCAUCCACUGUUGAGAUUUUGGAAGGAAUCGAUAAGGAUAUACAGACUCUUGAAGAAUACACUGAGAAGUAUCAAAGGCAGUUGAAGAUAUGGGUCGGGCGACUGCUUCUGUACUCGUCUCUUCUCUACCUGAUCACAUGUGUAGUUGUGUAUUUCUGGUACCUGCCUGAGCAGUUGAUGGGACGGCUCAUAUUGUCUCUUCCCUUCGUAAUAUUUCCGUUAUUAGUUUGGUUACUACGAAAAGUGCUUAUAAUUAUAUUUUCACGAAGAACUGAAAAAAAUAAUGACAAAUUAGAGGAUCUGAAAGCACAAAAACGAAAAAUACUUGAAGAAGUUAUGGAAACUGAGACUUAUAAAAAUGCUAAAAUGAUUCUGGAGAGAUUUGAUCCUGAUUCAAGGAAAAAAAUGGAGCUUGAAUCCACUCCUAUUGGACCACAGAUGACUCCAAAACCAGGGCAAGAGCUCCGCCAGCGCAAUGUCAUCCCAAAGACCCCCCUAGCGCUGGUGAAUCCUGCAAGCGGAGCUGCUGCCCGCCCUCCUCUUGCCUCUGGGCCCACCUAUCCUGGACGAUCUUCCCUCUCUGCUCCAGGUGGACCCCCAGAGAGGGGCCUGUCGGCUAUAGCUGCUCAGCAGAGCUUGAUGAGGAAGCCUGUGACCCCUGGAACACCUGUUCCAGGAGUCGGGAUGCACCCCCCAGGCCCGCCCCUGGCCAGACCUGUGCUCCCAAGGGAAAGAGGCGCUAUGGACAAAGUCAUUGAGUAUCUGGUUGGAGAUGGACCUCAGAACAGAUUCGCACUCAUAUGUCAGCAGUGUCUGUCCCAUAACGGCAUGGCAUUAAAAGAGGAAUUUGAAUACAUCGCCUUCAGAUGUGCGUAUUGUUAUUUCCUGAACCCUGCAAGAAAGACCAGGCCUCAGGCACCCAGACUCCCCGAGGUCACCGGUGAACCGAAGCCGUCAUCCGAGACACCGUUCUCAACGUCUGGUGUUGACGAAGAGAACAACCAAUCUGUACUAGGGACAACCAAGCUUGAUGAUGUGUCUGCUGCAACAGACACCACCCAAGAGCCCGGCACACCAACGACCACAGAGCCCAGCUCUGCGUCAGACGGCCAAACCACGCCAGAGUCCCUUGAUAUGCCGUCUGAGAAAUCUGACGGAGAGCAGGAUUUGUCUGCCAUGGAAGUGGAAUAAAACACGGUGGUGAUUUCAACACAAGUCAGCCUCCAACUUUUUUUUUUCUUUGAGUCAAUGUGAAAACAGUUAACUUGUAAGUAAAAUGCCUUGAGUUGGAAAUAUGCAGUAAGAAGUCAGCAGCUGACGUGAUUUUUCAACUUACAGUACGGGAUGUCCUUUCUUUUGAGAAUUGCUUUUAUAGUAUUAGAAAAGAAUUGAUUAUUAAACUGUAUAGCACUAGCAUUUGGUAGCAACCGCCAAACAAACCUCCAUCCAGUAUGAUGAGAUGUCCAACUCGUAACUCAUUUUCGUAACAUUGUAUUGAGAGCGAAGGAUUAUGUUUAUGUUAAUCUUGUUAUUAAAUAGGGAAAGUUCAUGUUCCAUGUCUUUGUUUUCCAUAUUUUAUUUGUUUUUGCCUGGAAAUUGGGAAUUGCGGAAACAAAACAAGGAAUAUUUUGUGGUGAAACAUUUUUAUUUAUGGGAAAUUAUUUAUACAUAUUUUUCUAUAAAACUGUGCCUUUCAUGACGCCGUUGACUGAGGUACUCCGCAGCAUGUUUAUACAACCAUUGUACCAUAAUAGGAAUGCACAUACAGUGUAUAUUUAUUGCUAAGAUGGAAGGAGUGGAGAUGUGUCAGUACUGUGCACCUGCCCUAAGUGCCUUUUUAUAUUUGAAGUCUCUGCCUCAUAGUAUUGUCCAUAAAACUUAUUUACAUAUAGACAAUAAAGUCAUUUAACUGUUUACAAAAAUAUAUGUGAAUGUCUGAAUCCCUGUUCUGUAUAAAUGAUAUUAAAUAAACUUUUGAGAAUA